UUCACGCGAAAGUCGGACCUGGAGAGGCACUACCGCAUCCACACAGGCGAGCGUCCCUACGCCUGUGAGUUUCCACACUGUGGCAAGAGCUUUGUUCAACAAAGUGCCCGCAAGCAACACCAUCGAACCCAUACGGGGGAAAAGCCUUAUCAAUGCCAGCACGAUGAUUGUGGCCGCAGCUUUGCGGACUCGUCUAGCCUUUCCCGGCAUCGUCGAGUCCACACCGGUAACUUGCCCUUUGCUUGUGGAGUACCGGGAUGCACAAAGAGGUGGGUUCACCAA